AUGUCAGAGGGAAUAGAAAAGAAAAGAAAUAAAGACCUUGACAGAAAAAGGAAAAGUAGUGAAAGAGAAAAGAACAUAAAGGCAUCUGAAGAUGUGAGUUUUGAUCACCGACCACCACCUGCUAAAAUUCAGCGCACUGGGCCCUUUAUAUCUUCACUGUUUAAAAGUAAUCCUGAUAUCCCGAAAGUUGAUAGUUCAUCUGUUCAGACAAUAAAAGAAGAAGUAUUUACUUCUAAAAAGUUUGGCGAUUUACCAUUGAGUCCUAAUAUGAUAACUAACUUGGAAGAUAGAAUGAAUAUGAAGAAUAUGACCACAGUACAACAGUUAGCUAUACCUAGAAUAUUACAAGGUCAAGAUGCUCUAGUUAAAUCUCAAACAGGUUCAGGUAAAACUCUGGCCUAUGCUGUUCCUAUUGUUCAGAAGUUACAAAGUAUCACACCAAAAAUAGAUAGGUCACAUGGUCCUUAUGCUAUAGUAGUUGUUCCCACUAGAGAGCUAGCAACUCAGAGUUAUGAAGUCUUUAUGAAAGUGUGUAAGCCCUUUGUAUAUGUGGUUCCUGGUUGUUUGAUGGGGGGAGAAAAAAGAAAAGCAGAAAAAGCAAGAAUAAGAAGAGGUAUUAAUGUAUUAGUUGGUACACCAGGAAGAUUGGUUGAUCAUCUACAGAAUACACAUGGUUUAUCUGUUAAACAUGUUCAAUAUUUGGUAUUGGAUGAGGCUGAUAGAUUGUUGGAUAUGGGAUACGAAAAAGAUGUAGCCCAGAUUGUAAACUCAUUGAAUGAUUAUGGUGAAACAAAACGGCAAACCAUUUUAUUAUCAGCCACAUUGAGUGAAGGUGUAGAAAGAUUAGCAGGCAUGUCAUUAUCAAAUCCAGCUCAUGUAUCAGUUUCUAGUGAUGAUGUUGAUCAUGAUGAUAACAUAGAUUCAGGAAUAGAAAACGAUAAAAACGAACCUAAAGAAAGUUUUGCUGUACCACAAGAAUUAAAACAGCAUUUUGUUAUUACACCUUGUAAAUUAAGAUUAGUAACUCUGGUUGCUUUUAUUCUUUCUAAAUGUCGGUUAAAUAAAAAUAAAAGUAAAAUGAUAGUAUUUUUAUCAACUCAAGAUUCAGUUGAAUUUCAUCAUAAAUUAAUCAGUGAUAUAUUCUGUAAAACCAAGAAAAAGAAAGUAAAAUCUAAAACUGAUAUGAAAUCUUUAAAAUUUGAUUUAUUUAAACUACAUGGUGAUAUGGCUCAAAAGGAAAGAAAUGAAGUCUUUAAGAAGUUUAGUGAAAUUAGUUCUGGUGUUUUGUUAUGUACAGAUGUUGCAGCUCGUGGUUUAGAUCUACCACAAGUUAGUUGGAUUGUACAAUAUACUACUCCUGGUCAGACAUCAGACUACAUUCAUCGUGUAGGUCGUACAGCUAGAGUUGGUUCACAAGGACAAUCAUUACUAUUUCUUAUACCAUCAGAGGUUAAUUAUAUCAAACAACUUAAUGAUAAACAUAUAAGUUUAAAAGAAAUGCAAAUGAAGAACAUAUUAGAAUCAUUAAUGACUGUAAUAGAAUAUAUCAAAUUUCCUGAAGAAAACAAGAGACAGAAACCUAGAAUGUGGGAAGAAGCAGCUACUGCUGUACAUCAGUUAUUUGAGAUGUAUGUAGCUAAACAUCCUAGUAUGACAGAAUUAUCUAGAAGAGCUUACCAAUCAUUUAUUAGAGCUUAUGCUACCUAUCCUAGUCAUAUGAAACAUAUAUUCUCUAUAAAGAAGGUACAUCUAGGUCAUUUAGCUAAGAGUUUCGCUUUACGUGAAGCACCUGGUUCUAUUGGUGUGGUACAAGCUAAGAAAUAUCAGGAAGAUCAUGCUCAAGAUAAGAAAGACAAUAGGUAUGUUAUAAGUAUAUUGAAGAAAUUUUGA